AAUGAAUAAUAUGAUGUAUAUGUACUAGAGGCUACUGGGGUGCGGCCAUCUUAUUCAUGGUUGUGGUAGACCGAGCAAGCCCUUCACCCCAUCUCCGCCACAAUGAUAUACUAGGAACACACCUUGGGAUUUGGGGGAUCAACAGUCGAUGGAAGCCUGGAAACCAACCACCCAAGUCCAGAUACUUUCGAAAAGUGACAGGAGGAAUGAUCAAAAGGGUGGCAUUGCCCAGAAAGAUCAAACUGGCAAUCAAAAGGCCUCAUUUCGUUCGCAAGGAAAUUGCGGUUAUGAUCGGUAGCAGCUACAAUAACAAGACAUGCCCAGAGUGA